GCUCUCUGUAUUGAUCUUUUAUUUUUAAUGACGAUAAGAUUUUAUAUCAAAUUCACUAUAUUUUUAUUAUUUUUUUUUAUUUUUAAAAUUUUUAAAAUCCAUUUUCUUUUUUUCCCCAAACAUUCCUCCCCUUCCUAUCUUUCCAUUUUUAUUAUUUCUCAUGGUUUAUCUCUUCAUGUGUAAAUUUUUUCCUGAAUGCCAUAAGCAGCAUUGAGCGUUUUUUUGUUUGUCGCCAUCAGCGUCGACCAACAGAAACCGGAGAGGGGGGACAAAAACACGAGUGGAUGG